CAGCCCUGCUGCGUGCCCGUGCGCCUCUCCCCCAUCUCCAUCCUCUACUACGACAACAGCGACAACGUGGUGCUGCGCCACUACGAGGACAUGGUGGUGGACGAGUGCGGCUGCAGGUAGCGGGCUGUGAGCGGGAACGACGGACAAACGGGGAAAUUCCUGUGUAUUCCCGCUGGGAAACCCUCGCUGUGCUCGGGGGCUGUGCCGGCGCUAAAGGCGGCGCUGGUUUAGGAUUAGUUGGGAUGGGGGUGUGGGAUUAUGACCAAACUCGGUGCUGGGUCCUUCUCCUCAGGGGAUGCUGGCACCGGGCUGUGAAUCCCAAAUUCCCCCUUUUGCUCGUCCAGGCACUCCCAGGGCUGCAGGGUUUGGGUUUUUUGGCUGUGAAUCCCAAAU